UAAUGGUAGUUUAUGCAAUUUGUUAAAGAUCUUGAACUCACGAUUAGAAAAGGAGGCUGAAUGGAAUUGUUUCUUUGAGUAUCAGACAUUGUCAUCAUGCGUUGGGAUUGCAUCUGUUAGUAGUGAGAUAUUUUCUACUGUUGAUCAUAUACUUUUAGAAUACUUGACUCUGCAUAUUCUUUCUAUCGAACGUGUUGAAAUGGCUCAGU